AUGGAGUGCACUUAUGAGUUUCCUAGAAAUACAAGAGAUGUUUCUCUUCAGGAGCUUAGCAAAAGGCUUGCUGAGUUUGCUGAAGUAAGAGGAUGGGAUCAGUAUCACAGUCCCAGGAAUCUUCUUUUAGCUCUUGUUGGAGAGGUGGGAGAGUUAUCUGAGAUAUUCCAGUGGAAAGGAGAAGUAGCAAAGGGAUUACCCAAUUGGAGUUCUGAUGAUAAGGAGCACUUAGAGGAAGAGCUUUCAGAUGUUUUGCUGUAUCUAGUGCGUCUUGCUGAUGUUUGUGGUCUAGAUCUUGGACAAGCAGCUCUGACAAAAUUAAUCAAGAAUGCUCAGAAAUACCCAGUUACUCAUGAUCACACUGCUACUUCCACCAGCAACUAG